AAGCAGCGUGAAAAGCAGUUCAACCUUUCUUUUAAAAAUAAGCCAAUUAAUUAUAUGAAGUGGACAUAAUAUCAGCGUACCUUAAAGAGCAACAACAGGCGUUAAAUUUCAAAAUUAAUGUAGUGUUCUUCGGCUAGUAGACAGGAAGUCAACUGGCAGCAAGCUAGCUUACAGAGACCACCGCACACAAUCAAUCGGGGAAACCAUUUUGGCAAAAAAGGGGGGGACUUUACAAAAUGUAUACUAGUUAUCGUCGUCUGCUAUAAAUUGACAACGUGACAGUCAAUUAAUGUACACUUUGUCGUAUUCCACCACUCAAGUUAAAUGAAUUGUUGAUUAACUGCAUGACAAAUGUUAAUAAUAACAGUGGCUUGUGCGACCGCUGCCAAGUGACGUUGUCUUGCUGGCCAACCGAAAAGUAGCGCUGCAAAGCCGAAACUCGCUUUUUGUUUUACUAUUAAACUUUUCAAAUGCAAUUUAAUUGCAUUAAAAUACUACUCUAAAGUUUAACACAUUUAUAUUUUCAAACACUCUUGUAUUAAUUGGUAUUUGUUGCUUUUUCUCUUCGAAGUAUUUUUCCCACUGUUCCAUUACAGUCGUCCUUUCCAAGCACACUUUGUUUACUGUGUCGGACCGCUAGCUAAGUAGCCAAGCUAUGGUAGGUUCGGAAGAAAACAAGGCCAGUUCGCACGUUAAUGUAUUCAAAUAACUAGGUUAAACGUCAGUGUAAAAAAACAGAAGCUUCGCAGACUCUUUGGGACAAGAUGAUCGAGGUGGUGGCCUCCAUGGCACGGGGCCCUGUGUUUCUGGCCGGGGAGCUAAUGGAGUGUCUAAUUACUUUCAGGAACCCCAUGUCACACUUUUCUACCUCUGCAAGCAGUGAGAUGUUGGCGUGGGCCAGCGCCCAGAUUCACUGCCAGUUCCAUGCCAGUGAGAGCCGGGUGACCCUCCCAAGCCAGGACAACAAGCAGGAUGUUCAGGCUGAGAGUGACACAGUCCUCAUUCCAAGCAGAGGCGAGCGAGGGCAAUGUGUUUUGGACACUCCACCGAAGAUCUUAUUCUGUGACCUGUGUCUGGAUCCAGGAGAGAGCAAAACCUAUUCAUAUAGUGAGGUAGUACCAGUCGACGGCCCUCCCAGCUUUCGUGGCCAGGCGGUGAAGUAUGUCUACAAGCUCACCAUCGGCUGUCAGAGAGUUAACUCUCCCAUUAAACUCCUCAGAGUUCCUUUUAGAGUUUUGGUUCUACAGGGCAUGCCAGAACCAUCAUUCACUCAGGAAGAUGAAGUUUCCCCAUCUAAUCCCUUCCUGGAGGAAGAGGAAGCAAGUCGCAGGGAUGCUCGGCCUUUGGAGAGAGCACUGGACAUGCUCAUGGUCUCCACGUCAAGACGCUGCCCGCACAUGUUUAAUAUCACUAAUGUUCGAGGAAAAGUGGCAAAGUUCUGCAUCUUCAAGACUGUUUACAGACUAGGAGAAGACAUCAUCGGCACAUUUAACUUCUCAGAAGGCGACAUUCCUUGCUUACAGUAUUCGGUGAGCCUCCAAAGCGAGGAGGAGAUACAGCAGAUGUACCAGAGGCGCCCCGGCCAGGCUCUCAGUGUGACAGGACACGGACGGCAUCUGGAAUCAUGCCUGCACACAGCAUCCAGCCACUUCUCCCUGCCUGUCCCCCUCAACGUCACGCCAGGCUUCAGCACAGACAUCGUGACGCUGAGGUGGCGCCUGCACUUUGAAUUCGUCACAGCCCGGGAGCCCGUGGAGCCGGCUGCUGUGCUCCAGAAUGAGUCAAAGGUGACAGUGUGGGCGGGGGCGGAGCAUAUUGAAGUCGAUACCUUCAGCUGGGACCUGCCUAUCAAGAUCCUGCUCACCAACCCCGCCCUGGCAUCUUAUGAGUCACAGUUCACAGGAAGCAACAGCAUCAACAUUUGACUUCCACCGUCUCAGACCGGAAAAUGGCGCUUCUGAUGUCAUAUUAUAUCCGUUAUCAUGUACAGUGUAACAUUUUUACCCUUUUAAUUGUCUUUUUAAUUUGUCAUCAAAAGCUUAUAUCUUUUGUAGGAUGAAGAUGCUGACAGAAAAACAAGCACAUAUGUGUACAUUUGGUUAACGUUUUUAAUUAAAAAUCUCAAUAACACACAAUUCUUUUCCCAUUCCAGGUUAACAUUGUAUGUAAAUACUUGGUGAUUAAAAGUGUGAUUAACUCUUUAUGUGAUGUUUGUUUUUUGGCAUACUGUAAGUCGACAAUGGAAGAAAAAACUGUUAAUGCUUGUUUGCUAUUUACAAGGAUGAUUGCAAGGGUUUUUUAUGUAUGAUAGUGAACCA